AAUUUUUAGAAGGAAGAAUAAUUUAUAAACUACUUAAUCAUCUAAGAGUUAUGUAUUUGUUGCAGACAUAUUUCCUGACUUCAAUCAGCGAUGGUCAACAACAGAGCGGCGGCGGUGUCUUCAUUGAAGUUCUGUGUUUAUUCGAUAUGCAGUGUGCAUUGUUGACGAAAAGGAGAGUUUAAUCCAAGGAGACGGGAAGGACCCGCAUCUUGACAGAAGACAUGGAGUUUGUGUUGACGAUCGUCGGACUAGGGGGCCUCACAAAUCUCCUGAUUCGACCUGUACAGAGCGACAUUAAUAAGUUCAGCAAUGCACGGUACUUUGCCAUCUAUUUUCUUGUUUGCAUGGUCACUCUGGGUUAUGCCGAAAAUGCAAGGGAAAAGAUAUUGCAAGAAAUAUUUAUAGAUUAUGAUGGGAAAAUUCCACCUAAUUACGACAAUGACAUUCCUGUCAAUUCUUCUGUACAGCUUUACAUCAUCAGUGUAGACACAAUCAAUGAAGCCACAAUGGAUUUCUCCAUGAGCUUCUUCUUAAGACAAAGAUGGAUUGAUAACCGUAUGAAUUACACUCCAGCGUUUAACAUGACACGUCUAGAGUUAGACAACAGACGAAUGGCGGACGUCUGGGUUCCCGAUCUCUAUUUCGUGAAUGAGAAGAAAGCAGACGUCCAUGAUGUCACUGUCCCUAAUAAAUUGAUGCAUGUCUAUCCAAAUGGCCUGAUCGUAUACAGUAUGAGAGUUACGGCAGUGUUUUCUUGUACUAUGGAUCUGCAGAAAUAUCCCCUAGACGAUCAGAAAUGUGCGAUAGUUAUGGAAAGCUAUGGCUACAGUACAGAGACGCUAUAUAUGCGAUGGCACGAAACUCCUGUUGAAACAUCAGACAAUCUUCAGCUUCCUCAGUUUGAAAUGCAGAAUAUAAUGCAGUCCAGGUGUGACGUCACUUACGCUGGAGUCACAUACGCUUGUUUAAAGAUGGAGCUACAUCUUCACCGAACUUUAGGAUAUUACAUCAUUCAGGUUUAUGUGCCUAGCUGCCUCAUUGUGAUAUUAUCCUGGGUCUCAUUCUGGUUGAAUGUGGAAUCAACACCAGCCCGAAUUUCCUUAGGGUUGUUGACAGUGUUAACUAUGACGACACAAAGCUCCGGCGCUAAGGCAUCAUUGCCUCGUGUCUCUUACGUGAAGGCCAUUGACAUAUGGAUGUCAACGUGUUUGAUAUUUGUGUUUGCUGCUUUAAUUGAAUUUGCGUAUGUGAAUGUGUUAGCAAGAGUUGAACAACGAAGAGGAAAAUCUGUUACGUCAAAUAUGAACGAAGCUAAGGAGUUCGAAGAGGAAGAAAAGGAAAAGAAAAGAUGUUGGUGUUUUAGGAAUCUCGAAGACAGAGAACGAGCACGAUUGGUUGACAAAAUAUCACGUGUUGUUUUUCCUACUGUUUUUAUAUUAUUUAAUAUCAUUUAUUGGAUAUUGUAUGUGUUUUGGGAACCAGCGACCGUAGAUUAAUUUAAACGAAUAUUUUUCUUUUCAUUACAAUUGCCAAUGUAUAUUUACAAACCUUUGUAUUGACCAAUCUGUACGUAAUUUGUGAAAUGUAACCAAUUCUUGUCUCUUAAAUCUACAAUCUGUGGUAAAUUCCAUUAAUAUCUAACAGAAGGGAGUAUUAUUGUAUGUUUUGAAAAUGAAAUUUGUGCAUUGAAGCAAUGUUCAACUGGUUAUCAAGUAAACACUGACAAGUGUUU